AUGGCGUCUCGGCUCGGCGCCUGUACCCCUCGCGGGUCCCACUUCUAUUUACUCAAACACAAACACCCACUCAUUCUACUGCUAGAGCAGAAGCGAACGGCACCGUUUGGGAGAACGAAGAUCACGGGCAGGGGAAGUCUGCGGAUUAGGGUUUCCGAUGGCGGGGACUCGUACCUCAGCAUGUGGAAGAAGGCCGUGGAGAACGACAAGAAGACCGUCGAGUUCGAAAGGAUCGUCGAGAAAUCGAGUAAGAUCGAUGCUGAUCAUGAUCAGAGUGUUGAGCCUGUUGAGGAUUUGGAGAAGAAGAGUGAGGAGUUUGAGAAGAUUCUGGGGGUUUCCAAGGAAGAGAGGGAUCGGGUUCAGCGAAUGCAGGUUGUCGAUAGGGCUGCGGCGGCGAUCGCCGCGGCUCGCGCCAUUUUGGAGGACAAAAAUAAGAGUUUGAGGACUGAUCCCGGUUCAGGUGGUGGUAGCGGGGGAGCAGUGGAGCCUCGUCAAGAGGGAAGUGGGACACAGGUUAGAAGUGUAAUUGUUCCUCAAUCAGAAAUUUCAGGAACCGGGACUCCUGGCCCUGAUUUUUGGUCCUGGGCACCCCCUCAGGGUGGUGAUAAAAGUUCAGAUGAUGUCAGUGAAUUGCUGCCAGCACCAAAACCUUCAGCACAGUCGAGCAAUCCAGUGUUGGAGAAAGAGCCAUCUGUAGGUUUUCUCUCAAUUCCCUUAGAGAGUAAACUUGAAGAAACCAAUCGGAACCCUCCUCUUCCUCCUUUCCAGUCCCUGAUGGAGGUUGGGAAAGUGGACGUCUCUGAGUCCAGUGUAGAGGCAACUUCCUUAAAAGAUGACCAUGAACUUGGUGCUGAGUUUUCAGCACAUGCAGCAGAAGCAGCUCAUGCUCUUGAUACAGUGGAUGAGGCAUCAUUAUCUGGAGUGAAUACAGAUGGAUCUAGGUGGUGGAGGGAAUCUGGAAUAGAGCAAAGGCCUGAUGGUGUAGUUUGCAGGUGGACAAUGACCAGAGGUGUUAGUGCCGACCAAGUUACGGAGUGGCAAGAUAAGUACUGGGAGGCUGCGGAUGAGUUUGGCCACAAGGAGCUUGGUUCAGAAAAAUUGGGACGCAAUGCAACUGGAAAUGUCUGGCGUGAAUAUUGGACAGAAUCUAUGUGGCAGAACCGUGGACUUGUGCAUAUGGAGAAAACUGCAGACAAGUGGGGAAAGAACGGUAAAGGCGAUGAGUGGCAAGAGAAAUGGUGGGAGCAUUAUGAUGCCUCAGGCCAAGCUGAAAAAUGGGCUCAUAAGUGGUGUAGCAUUGACCCAAAUACACCCCUUGAGGCUGGUCAUGCUCAUAUCUGGCAUGAAAGGUGGGGUGAAAAGUAUGAUGGACAUGGUGGCAGCGACAAAUACACUGACAAAUGGGCGGAGCGCUGUGAGGGCGACGGUUGGGCGAAAUGGGGUGACAAAUGGGAUGAACAUUUCAAUCCAAACGGUCAUGGUGUGAAGCAGGGUGAAACAUGGUGGGAAGGUAAGUAUGGAGAGCGUUGGAAUCGGACAUGGGGUGAGGGCCACAAUGGUUCUGGGUGGGUUCACAAGUAUGGGAAGAGCAGCAGCGGUGAGCACUGGGAUACACACGAGCCGCAAGACACAUGGUAUGAGAGGUUCCCUCACUUCGGUUUCUAUCACUGCUUCGAAAACUCAGUCCAGCUCCGGGAAGUUCCAAAGCCAUCCGAUAGGCCAUAA